UUAUUAUCAACAUAAUAAACAAAUAAGACAAUAAUCAAUUGUAAUAUUGUUUUUUAUUUUUGCUAUUUGUUAUUUGUCGACUAUUGAAUUUAUAAGUACAGUUUUCGUCAUUGAAUAAAAAUGAGUAACCGAAUAUGUUGUGUUGUUAAUUGUAGCAACUCCUAUAAAAAUACAACCAAUGUUAAAUUCUACAGUUUUCCCAACAGACCCCAUGAGAAAAACUUGAAAACAUUGUGGGUAAAAGCUGUAAACCGAUUAGAAAUAAAUGGUCACAUUUGGCAGCCAAAGUCUCAUAGUCUCAUAUGUAGUAAUCAUUUUGUUGGAAAUAAAAAAUCAAAAGAUCCAAGCAGUCCUUCUUAUGUGCCUUCCUUGUUUCCUCAAGUUUAUAAAAAGAAAUGUAUAAAUGAGGAACAGACAAGUGCUAGGUACAAUCGUAAUGUGAAACGUCAAGAAGCAAAAUUAAAAAUAUUACCAGUUGAUUCAUUUUCAGAUAUACCAUUAGGGGAUAGUGAGUUUAACACUUUGAAUACACUUGUUUGUACUGAAUCAAAAUCUGUCGAUGUUGCUUGUCAAGUUGGUUUAGAUUAUCAUGACAAAGAUUCAUUUAAAUUUGAAUGUGUAUUUAAUAAAUCAAACAAUGAUGUAUCAACUCAAGCAUCAAUUCCUAUAGAUUAUAAUUAUACUUUUAAAAAGCCUAAUUCCAUUGACGUAUCUUGUGGUCCUGAUGUGUCUUCAAUACAUUUAAAUUAUUUUCAAGGGUUUCAUUCAAUUGACAAUGAAUCUCAACUAAAAGAUUUAACUGGCACCACUUUUAAAGUAUUUAAACUUUUAUUAUCAUUAACACUUGAUUCAACCUGUAGCACAAUUAGUAAGGAAAAUAGGUUAUUAAUGUUUUUAAUAAAAAUUAAACUUGGUAUUACAUAUUCGGCCAUUAGUGUUCUUUUUAAUGUUAAUCGUACUACUGUUACAAGGAUAUUUUAUAAUAUUCUAAAUUCUUUAGUAACAAAAACAAAAGAGUUCAUUUUUUGGCCAAACAAAAAAACUAUUUUGGAAACACUACCAAAAUCUUUCAAAAAAAACUACCCUAACUGUCGUUGUAUAAUUGAUUGCACCGAAAUUAAAACUGAACAGCCAAAUACUGUUGAACAAAGAGUUCACAUGUACUCUAGAUACAAAAAUGCUUAUACAGUAAAAGUACUUAUUGCUAUAACUCCGAAUGGUUUAAUUUGUUUUUUAUCAAAGUGUUAUGGGGGUAAAGCAAGUGAUACGUUUAUUACCAACGAUAGUGGGUUUUUAUUAAAACUAGAACCUGGAGAUGAAGUGUUAGCAGAUAAAGGGUUCCCGGGUAUCAAGGUCCCUUGUGAUGAAAAACAAAGUAUAUUAGUAAUGCCACCUAUUCUUCAUAAUGGAUGGUUUACAGAAGAAGAGGUGAUUGAAACUUACAAUGUAGCUAGUGUACGUAUACACAUUGAAAGGGUGUUUGCCAGAUUAAAAACUUAUGGUAUAUUGAAUAAAAUCACCUCAGAUUUACUUUCUUCUAUUGACGACAUCAUACACAUAUGUUGUGUACUAACCAAUUUACAAAGCCCUAUAAUAAAUGAAUAAUAACAUUGUAUAAUUUAUCUUAACAUUUUAUUAUUACUUUAAAGAAACAAAACAAGUCAUAUUCUACUGAUAUAAAUAAUUAACAAUGAGUAAAAAAACAAAAUAAAUUUUAGUAUAUUAUCAU